CAUGAAUUUCUCUUUCAGAUACGCAUCAUCUCCACUGUCUUUGUUGCCAUAGGAGCAAAGCUUAAUCUCAAGGAGAAAAUAUUUGUAUCCCUUUCAUGGAUGGCUAAAGCUACAGUUCAGGCAGCUCUAGGUCCUGUAGCACUGGACUCCGUGCGUGAUCUGAACAGGCCCGAGGAGGAGAGAGAUUUUGCCGAGCGCGUGCUGGUGAUCUGCGUGCUCUCUAUCCUGCUAACGGCACCCGUUGGAGCCAUCCUCAUCACCCUGUCUGGUCCACGCCUUCUCAAGAAGACCACGACGCCCGUCAUCGUUGAAGGCUGGCGACGCAGCGCUCGGCCCUCUCUCAGGGACAUAUCCAUCAUCGACGAAGAUGACAACGGAGAGACCACGUAGUACAACCGAACAAUGGCAGUGCACCACUCUUGCCAAUAAGAAUAAUAUUCUGGAAAUUAUGAUGCAGAAUGUACUGAGUCACAUUCAAUUAUCUCUUACUGCAGCUGCCAAAUACACAAAGUGUCGCCAGACUGCAAAGAAGUGGAAACUGAAAGUGCCCAUAAGUUUCCAUUUUGGUUUUUCAGUACCAAACUGAGGGUGACUUAUGAAUAUCAGUAUGUCCUUUAGGCUUAUAUAUUUAUGUAGUGUCCAUGUUUCUGCUGGUCCAGAACAGACUUGAUUUCAACUCUGAAGUGCCCGGGUAUGUACAAACAGAAGUUUAUGUUACUGAUACUGAUGAUGAGUCCGUCACGUUAUCGAUGUUACCGAAAAAUCGGUCCAGUGGUCAGAAGUCUGAAAAAUCCAAAAAGGUAUUUUGUGGAAUGUAAACAUGCCUCCCGCAAUAAAUGGGAAGCAUUUUCUUCUAGUACUCCGGAAAAUUUAAAAUUUUCAUCAUAUGAAGAACACAGAUUUGAAGAGGACAGAGUAAAAGUCUUAUUUCCUGCUGUAUUUAACAAUCCUUUCAGUUUAGAAUGAUAGGAUGACAGUAAACUGGAAAGGAAGAUUUUAUCCUGACAUUUGCGUACAUGAACUGGGGUAAACCACUAAAAUCUCCAAGUAUCUGACCAAUGAGCCAGGAUUUGAACCCAAGACUUUCAAAAUAUGAAACAGAGUUCUAAGCACUUGAUUAUGUUGGAAGGAUGCAAGAAGGGACUUCAAUCACGGUCCAAAAUGUUUUUUAAAGCUGGAUGUGUAGGAAUGCUGUCCUACUCUACAAUUCAGAGUUAGACCUAACAUAUUUGAACCUUCGCAUGAAAUUAGUGGUACCUCACAGUACUACAACAUGCAGGUAUGAAAUGAGGUUAAAUACCUCAGCAUUUGAAAGACAAACCUCCAUCUUACAGGUAUUACAGCUUUCAAAUCCAUUGUAUGUUAUCUCUGUCUAGAAAUGCAACCGAUCGCAAUUUGACAGAGCGAUGUAUGUAAAUUUCUGAUCACUACAUGUAAUUCUAAUGCGUUAUGUACGGAAAGAUAAUGGUUCUACUUUAUGUUUUAAUGAUCUUCAGUUGUGAAAAUUAAUUAAUAUUGUAACAGAAACUGUAAUUUUUCUUAUCAUACAGAUUUAUAUUGUACUUUCAAUGUAAUGAUAUAUUCAAUAUUUAUCUAAGUCAGUGGA